AUGUGCUCAAGUCACCGUGAUUAUGAGAACGAGGGAUUGUUGAGAGGCAAGAGCACUUCUAUAGCCGAUCAGGGCAGCGAUGUGAUCGACGCGCUACCAGCGGCGCUCUGGCACCGCAUCUUCAGCCUGCUGCUCGAGCGCCGAUGCAUCGCCACCCCUCCGCACUCCGCGGGCGGCCGCUACUACUGCCGCGCGCUAAGCGCGGCGCAGCGAGCAGAGUUGAAUGCCACCAAGGCGAAUGCCAAUGGUGGUGAUCGUGGCGCUGCGAAUCGUGCUGGCACCAACGACCCACGGAACGCUGAGAGUUGCGCCAGCAGCAGCACGGGCAAGAGCAGUAACGGCAAGUGCGAGGACGAAGGCAAGGGCAGUGCAGGGGAGAGCGACGAGGAGGAGGAGGAGGCGAAGGAGAGCGUGGUGUUCGUGAAGGCCGGGGUGUCGCCGUGCUGGCUGCAUGCGCACAACGCUCGCACGUUCGGGUCCUCGUGGCCUCUGCUGUGCUGCGCGCUCGCCAGCAAGAGGCUGCUCCACCUCGUCGCCUCCUUCUCCAUGAGUCCCAUGCUCGCUCUCCCCCUCUCUCCCUCACUACGCCUAGAACACGGCACGCCUAUCAGUCUGCACCUCACCUCCGCCCAGCCCCAGUGGACCACCAGCGUGCGCUGGCUGCUCUCCCGCUCCUCUCCCACCUUCCCUUCCCUCCGCCUCUCCUUCUCCCACCCCUCCCUCAUCCCCCUCAUCCGCCGCCCCUUCACUCUCCCCUCCUCCCCCGCCCCCUCCUCCAUCUCAUCCCUGCACCUAACUCUGAGCAUCAGAGAAUCCUUCCCAAAGGAGGAUUACCGUAAGAGCCACUGGUAUCUGGCAUUUCUCACUCCCUGCUCCUCCCUGCACUCCCUCACACUCGGACGCGGCGCCUGGCGCUUAGCCCUGGCCGCCAUUGCACCUCAGCUGCACGAAUUCACGUUCUGCGAGCCGCAUAAGGUGGAGGAGGGGGCGGGGCGGGGAGCUUUCACAGGACCCGUGCUGCUGUGCCUCGAGUUCCCCAGGGCUCGCCACCUCUCCUUCCGCUUCCUUAACCACGAGCUCAAGCUGAAACUCUCCCUUGCUUCUGAUUCUCUCACCUCCUUCGCAGCCUCUGCUCUGUCCCUCACACUCGCCUGCCACUCUGCCCGCCCUCUAACGUUGACCCAGCUUUUUCUGUUUGGGGAAGAGAGGAUCCAUAUUGCCUCCUUUGACAUUGCCUCUGUCCGUGCGCUUUACCUCAACGCUCCGGUUAAUUUUCUGUCGCCGCGCCCUGCCCCCAUCCCUGCCGCUGUUCGAGAAGCGGAGGUGUGCGGGGAUUCGUUUCUGUUUAUCCCGCCGCCGUUGCCAUUCGCAUGGGCGGACUGGCUGCGUGCACUUGCGCCUACAGUGGAGCUGCUUAUAGCGAGGCAUGACAUCAAGCUUGCGGACUGCAAAUUCCCCUGGCCGCGGUUGCGGAGCCUUGGGAUUGUCGUGGAGAGCGAUUACUUUGCGUGGAACGAACCUCGCGGGGAGAUGGCGGUGGAAGAUGUGGCGAAAGCAGAUGGGAACGAGUACGUACAGUUUUCGAGGGACCAGCGGAGUGAUCGGAGGGAGGAGGGGAGGGAGAGGGAGCACGAUAUGUGGAGUCGAGGGUUGACUCGCUUCCAUGCCAGCCCAUUUGGGAACCAGCUGGUUGGUGUUGGACCCGACGACUAUGAUGGUGUUGAUGCUGGUGGAGACCUGAAUGAUACGGUGCAUGAGGCACCUGCACACAGGCCUCAUUCCCCCUCUCUGUGCAUUCCUCCAAGCAUCAACUCUCCGAAUCUGCGAGCCAUCUUCUUCCCGACCCUCGGCGACACACCCACAGCCCUGCUGGGAGAUCUCAAGGCGAGGUAUCCGUCUCUGGCGCUGUACUGUGUUGCGAGGCACACGUGGUACUGGGAGAGGAAAGGGAUGAGGUUGAUUGAUGGGCCGGUGGCGCAUGUGAGGGGGCCGAGAGGAGGGAAGGGUAGCGCUUCUUUCAGGAAUGGGCGGAAGAGCGUUCGGGACAAAAUGCACAGUGUGAAUCUGGGGCUGAUGGCAGGGUAUAGGUUGGAUGAGGAGGAGUGGUUCAUGGUUGAGGGUCAGUUGUGGUUUCCGGUGGUUGGUGAGGAGGAGGGGGGGGGAGAUGGUGAUGAUGAUAGCGAUAGUGAUGAGUUUGAUGAUGACGAGGAGAAGAUUGAGCAUGAGGAUGAGGAUGAGGAUGGGGAUGAGGAUGAUGAUGAUGAGGAUGACAAUGAGGACGAGGAUGAGUAA